UACUGUGGUUUCCAGGGGAACUCGGGGCUGGGCUUCAGCAUCGCAGGCGGCACCGACAACCCUCACAUCGGUGAAGACCCCAGCAUCUUCAUCACCAAAGUGAUCCCCGGAGGAGCGGCGGCGCAGGAUGGACGGCUCAGGGUCAAUGACGUCAUCCUGAGAGUCAACGAGGUGGAUGUUCGGGACGUGACCCACAGCCGAGCCGUGGAGGCGCUGAAGGAGGCGGGAUCUCUGGUCCGACUCUACGUCCGCAGGAGGAAACCCGUCUCAGAGAAAGUGAUGGAGAUCAAGCUGGUGAAAGGACCCAAAGGUCUCGGCUUCAGUAUAGCGGGCGGCGUGGGGAACCAGCACAUCCCCGGCGACAACAGCAUCUACGUCACCAAGAUCAUCGAAGGCGGAGCGGCUCAUAAAGACGGGCGGCUGCAGAUUGGAGACAAACUGCUGGCUGUGAACAGCUCCUGCCUGGAGGAGGUGAGCCACGAACACGCCGUCACUGCCUUGAAAAACACUCCCGACGUGGUCUACUUGAAAGUGGCUAAACCCAACAGUGUCUUCAUGAACGACAGCUUCGCUCCGCCCGACCUCACCAACUCGUACUCCCAGCGCAUGGAGAACCAUAUCAGCCCCCCCAACUUCCUGGGUCAGCCCCUCCCUCCGCCAGCAUCCUCGGGGCGUUACUCCCCGACCCCGAAGAGCACGCUGGGAGACGACGACGUCACCCGGGAGCCGAGGAAGGUGGUGCUUCACAGAGGAGCGACGGGACUAGGCUUCAACAUCGUGGGCGGGGAGGACGGCGAGGGGAUCUUCAUCUCCUUCAUCCUCGCCGGAGGACCUGCUGACCUCAGCGGAGAGCUGAGGAAAGGAGACCGACUCGUCUCCGUGAACGGCGUGGACCUCCGUAACGCCACCCACGAACAGGCGGCCGCCGCCCUGAAGAACGCCGGGCAGACAGUGACCAUCGUCGCCCACUACAGACCAGAAGAGUACAGCCGGUUUGAGGCAAAGAUCCACGACCUGAGGGAGCAGAUGAUGAACAGCAGCAUCAGCUCGGGCUCCGGGUCUCUGCGGACGAGUCAGAAGAGGUCGUUGUACGUCAGAGCUCUGUUCGACUACGAUAAGACGAGAGACUCCGGUCUGCCGAGUCAAGGCCUGAACUUUAAGUUCGGGGACAUCCUUCACGUGGUGAACGCCUCCGACGACGAGUGGUGGCAGGCGAGGCAGCUGACGGCGCAGGGAGAGGUGGAGGAGGUGGGGGUCAUCCCCAGCAAGAGACGGGUGGAGAAGAAGGAGAGGGCGAGGUUAAAGACGGUGAAGUUUAACGCCAAGUCUCGGGACAGAGGGGACAACAGCGAGGACGUGCUGUCCAAGGGACACAGUGGGCAGGAGGAGUACGUGCUGUCCUACGAGCCCGUCGUUCAGCAGGAAGUGAACUACACCCGCCCCGUCAUCAUCCUCGGCCCCAUGAAGGACCGCAUCAACGACGACCUGAUCUCAGAGUUCCCCGACAAGUUCGGAUCCUGCGUCCCUCACACGACCCGGCCGAAGCGGGACUACGAGGUGGACGGCAGAGACUAUCACUUCGUGGUCUCCAGAGAGCAGAUGGAGAAGGACAUCCAGGACCACAAGUUCAUCGAGGCGGGGCAAUACAACAACCACCUGUACGGGACCAGCGUGCAGUCGGUCCGGGAGGUGGCGGAGAAGGGCAAACACUGCAUCCUGGACGUGUCAGGUAACGCCAUCAAGAGACUCCAGCUGGCUCAGCUCCACCCCAUCGCCAUCUUCAUCAAACCCAAAUCUGUGGAGAACAUCAUGGAGAUGAACAAGCGUCUGACGGAGGAGCAGGGCAAGAAGACCUUCGACCGAGCAAACAAGCUGGAGCAGGAGUUCACCGAGCAUUUCACAGCCAUCGUGCAGGGCGACACGCUGGAGGAGAUCUACGACCAGGUGAAGCAGAUCAUCGAGGAGCAGUCGGGUCCCUUCAUCUGGGUUCAGUCCAAGGAGAAGUUAUGAAGACGGCCGCUCCUCCUCCUCGUUGUGACGGACGAGUCGACCUGCAGACGUCCCCUCCCCCACGCCUCGCCCUCCACUCGCCCCAUCAGCGACGCAGCGGCCGACCCGAGUUCAGUUUAGCUUCUUUUCUUUUCUUUUUUUGCCUGAUAAGACUUCAUGUUUGGGUUUCCUGACCAGCAGAGCAAAGCACACAGGAAGUUUGAUGACAUCACACUCAACGCGGUACAGCUCCUUAAUGUUUAAGGGAGGAGAACUUUAGCGGAGAAGACGAGGAAGGUACCUGGAAGUGACGAGAAGAAAUGUACGAAGUGGAUUUUAUGUUUAGUUUUUUCUUUGUGGGUUUUUUCCCCUUUUUUUGUCUUGUAAGGUAAGCAGGUGGGCGGAGUUUCAGUCUCAGGCAGCGUCUGUCGGUCCGGAGGAGGCGGAGACACAAAAAGCAAAACUUUGCACGUUUGAGCUUUAACAGCAUGUCAGUUAAUCCCGUUUAUUUUCCCAUCAGCCCCUUCGCCUCACGUCUGAUGUCACCGCUUUUCUCUUCUGCUCGUUUUUUAGACUCGAUUCACGUUUCGUUUGUUUUUUAUUUUCGCUCCUCGCUGCUGCUGGAUGUUCGUCAGGACGCUGCGAGGUUCCUGCUCUGCUGCUAGAGGGCGCCGCAAGGCUUAACGAAGGAAAACGACAAUUUACUUUGUUUUUAAAGGAAUUUAUAAUUUCCUGUCAACGAGAAAGAAUCUGACAGAUUUUCUGAUUUCGGGGAUGAAAAAAUAAAAGCUUUGAUGUUUCUGCGGACGUCGAAUCGUUUCUCACCAAAACACCGAGACAGAAAAAUCUAAAUAUUUUUAUAGAUGAAAAUAAGCUGAGUGCAAUCAUCAAAAAUUAUAAAUCAUAUCUAUGAAAAAUAUUUUAUUCAUUAACGUGUUUAAUUUCACUAAAACACCAAAUGCAAGACAGAAAUUCCCAAAUAUGUUUAUUUUAUUACCAGAAAAAUCUCAAUAUUAGAAAUAACAGAAAUAACUAUUUUAUUUUACUAAAGAAAAUUAUCUCAGAAUUUUAUGAAACUCUGAUUAUGCCAAAUAUGGUUUAUGGUAAAAUCUAAUUUAAGAAAAUUAAAUAUUAAAAUCAAGAAAAAUGCAACAAACAUUUCCUGUUACAAAAACUGCUCAUAAUUAAUGAAAAACUGAUUUUUAUAAAAGAUCUGGAACAUCAAGAAAGAAAUAAUCGAAUACAAAAAGAAUUUGAAUCACCAGAAAAUGCAAAACAAAUUAAAGUUUAGAAUAACUUAAAAUCCCAAAUCCGUAUUUUAUUUACAAACGCACCAGAAUCAUAAGAAAAAAUAGAUUUAAUAUUUUAUUAUAACCCCUAAAACCUUAAAAGUAAAAGAUUUUAUUUUACCAAAAUAUAAAACUUCCUGAAAACAGUGAAACAAGAAUUAUAAUAAUUUUUAUUACAACAAUCUAUUUUAUUAUAAUGAAACUGUAACACUUAUGAAAACUUAAAAUUGAAAAUUAGAAAAUAUUUAAAAGCACGUCAGAGCUGCAGACAGAACACGAGGAAGUAACGCCGACGUUUACGUCUCGUUCUCGCGAGAUCUGAACUCGUGAUUUUAGAUUCUCUUCAGCUGAUUUUCUUUCUCUUUUUUUCCCACUUGGACGAGUUCACAGUCGCGUGACGCAGUGGCGCCCUCUGCAGGUAGAACCCCGCCGGUCGUCGCGGUGACGUCCAUCAGCGUCGCCAGUGUCUUACCACAAAAACGAUGUCGAUCAUGCGAUUCGCGCGGCGAGCCCGGAGACGAGCUGCCACCUCCGGGCGUCCACAGGUGUCGGAAACACGAUUAUUGUACAAUGAGAUUUUGACAGAUAUUUAACCCUCGGUAAACUGCCUAUUUUGUUAUAAUAAAGUCUAUAUUGAACUUUACUUAAGCACUACUACUACGGGAAUUAUUUUCUUUGCAUUGUUAAUCAUAUAUGAAUAGAAAAGUAUAAAGAUAUUUGAAUAUGAAUAUAUAUUUUUUCUUUUUCUUUGAUCACCACCUCCUCUGUCUUUUAAUUUUCUUUUUUAAGCAUAAUAAAAACUUAACAAGAAAA